CCGAUUUUGGCGUCUUACGACGGCUAUUCGAGAAAUUAUAUUACAGUCGUAAACACGUGGGAUAAGUGCGUAUUGACAGUUUUGAGAUCAAAAUGAACGAAAUCCUAACUCCGUGGAUGAAUAUAGAGGAAUGGGUGAAGGUUUCGGAAUGGUUAUAUUCGAAAGAUUUAGAACAACAAUGUUGGGCUACCGAACGAUUGGCUAUAUGGAAAAUCAGAUCGUAUCCUAAAUUAUUAUCAGAGAUUGAUGCCACUGAAGCUUUGGCACGGGCAAAGUACUUUGAUGUUGUCACUCAGAACACAAAUAAUUAUACCGAAAUUCAAGAUGUUGUUAAAUUAUAUUCAAUUGCACUUAUCAGAUUUAUUAAAUUAAUUGACGAAUUAGGAAAGAAGAAAGGAAUCGUAUCGGUUAACACUGCUGCAAAAUUGCUUAACAUACCGAGAUGGAUUGCUGAUCUCCGACAUGAUGUCACUCAUUACAUUGUUCCUCCGGUAAGGAUUUUGAGGGAAGGAGUCGAAUUUGCUCUUAAUUGGUUAAAAGACCAUUACUGGGACCAACGUUUAGAAGUUUCGGAUGAAGAAACUUCGGAAGAUACGCUUGCUGAAAGAGAAGCAAAUGCCAAGAAUUUGAUUGAUAAUUUUUAUAGGCUGCAGUACAAUAAUCCUUUAGCAACUAGAAAAAUUAGGUAUACAUUACGUGCUGCGAGUUCCAUGAUCCGACGUGAUAUUGAGACAUUCUCCAAGAUUCUUGUUUCUUACAUGUUACCAAAUGAAGAGAGUUUGCGAGAAAUCUUAAAAGACGAAAAGCCAAAUUUUUUAAAGUCUGCAUCUACCAUUUUACCAAAAUCUGUCAUGCUAUUUUGGAGUCCUGUUCUGAAAUUAUAUGACAACAGAGAAAAGUUUUGCGUAUUAUUAAAGUGUUUAUUAUCGUUUCCCAAACCUACUUCAGAUUCUUUUCGACACAGACUAGUUGCAGCAUGGAUGAGGAAAUUUCUGAAAUCGAAAAAAAUAAAUUUUAAGUCAAAAAAUCAUUUUCCGAAAUGGAGCUGGUUGCUAAAGAAGGCAUUAGUUUGCGAAAACGAAUAUUCUCCGGAAUUCUUACCGUUGAUGUUAGAAAAUUUAGAUGUUCCAAUACCUGAAGAUAAAAAGCAGGAUCUGAUGGCCUUACUUGCCAUAAGACUCGGAAAGACUUAUAAACCGAAGUCUAAUUCUGACAAAGUUUCUCAGACGUAUUCGGUGUUAGAUUUAGAAAAGGUGAGGUUAAGGGAAACAAAAUUUAUCCAAGGACAACCUCUUCACUGGCAAGUUUGCACAGAUGAUAUUCAAUGGAGAGAUUGGCCAUUGGGUUGCUUACCCGGAAUCAAUUCGAAUUGCUUGCAGACGUAUGCUGAAGUGGAAGAGGAAAACAACCCGCAGCAUUUAUGAAUGUUGAUUUUGGUUAUUUUUGAAAUAAAGGUAUAUUUAAAUUUU